AUGGCCUCUAUUUCUCGCGCCUUGCGACCCCUGUCGCGCACUACUCCCUCGGUCCGUCUGGCCUCCAAGCGCCUUCCGACUUACCGCCCUGUCCAGAGCGCAUAUGCCUUUUCUACUACCCAACGCCGGCGAGAUGUCGACCUCUCCCACCUCACUCCGACGCCGAUCACCCUCAUGUCCGAGACCGAAACCAUGAUGGCUGACGCUGUGUCGAAAUUCGCCCAGGAGCAGAUCGGCCCGAAGGUCCGGGAAAUGGACGAAGCCGAGGCCAUGGACGCGAGCGUGGUGGAGCAGCUCUUCGAGCAGGGUAUCAUGGGUAUCGAGAUCCCCGAGGAGUUCGGCGGUGCGGGCAUGAAUUUCACCUCGGCCAUCGUGGCCAUUGAGGAGCUGGCUCGCGUCGACCCUAGUGUCAGUGUCAUGGUCGAUGUCCACAAUACCCUGGUCAACACCGCCAUCAUGAAGUACGGCGAUGCCCAGGCUCACCGCGCCUGGCUGCCCAAGCUGGCCACCAACACUGUCGGCUCCUUCUGUUUGUCCGAGCCGGCGUCCGGUUCGGACGCGUUCGCUCUGCAAACCAAGGCCGAGAAGACCGCCGAUGGCUACAAGAUCAACGGCUCCAAGAUGUGGAUCACCAACGCCCAGGAGGCGGGUUUGUACCUUGUCUUCGCCAACCUGGACCCCAGCAAGGGAUACAAGGGUAUCACUGCUUUCAUUAUUGAGAAGGGUACACCCGGAUUCUCAAUCGCUAAAAAGGAACACAAGCUCGGUAUCCGGGCUAGCAGUACCUGCGUGCUUAACUUUGACGACGUCGUCAUUCCCAAGAGCAACCUUCUCGGUGAGGAGGGCCAAGGAUACAAGUACGCCAUUCAGAUCCUGAACGAGGGCCGUAUUGGUAUUGCUGCCCAGAUGACCGGCCUGGCGCUCGGUGCCUGGGAGAACGCUGCGCGCUACGUCUGGAACGACCGCAAGCAGUUCGGCCAGCUGAUCGGUGAAUUCCAGGGCAUGCAGCACCAGAUUGCGCAGGCCUACACCGAGAUCGCCGCCGCGCGGGCGCUGGUCUACAACGCAGCCCGCAAGAAGGAAGCCGGCCAGGACUUUGUGCAGGACGCCGCCAUGGCCAAGCUCUACGCCUCGCAGGUUGCCGGCCGUGUUGCUAGUUCCGCAGUUGAGUGGAUGGGUGGCAUGGGCUUCGUGCGCGAGGGCAUUGCUGAGAAGAUGUUCCGUGACAGCAAGAUUGGCGCGAUCUACGAGGGUACCAGCAACAUCCAGCUGCAGACUAUUGCCAAGCUGCUGCAGAAGCAAUACACGAAUUAGAGGCAUGGUAGAGUGCUAGCGAUAAAACUGGGUUUGAAUUUGAAGCAUCCGCAUCGGUGAU